UGUCUUUGUUCAGGAGCACUAGGUUUGACUGCUGAUUCCAAGAAGAUGCUCCUCUGGCUCUUUCUGGCGUUGUCUUGCCCAGCCUCCUCUACAGACCCAGAGAAUGAUUCAUCCGUGGAAAUUUGCAAUGUUUGCUCCUGUGUGUCUGUGGAAAAUGUUCUCUAUGUCAACUGUGAAAAGGUUGCAGUCUACAGACCGAACCAGCUGAAACCCCCGUGGUCUAAUUUCUAUCACCUCAAUUUUCAGAACAACCUGCUCAUCAUCCUGUAUCCCAAUACAUUCCUUAACUUCACACACGCGGUGUCCCUGCAGCUGGGCAACAAUAAAUUACAGAACAUUGAGGGAGGAGCUUUCUUGGGCCUCAGUGCAUUAAAACAGUUGCACUUGAACAACAAUGAAUUAAAGAUCCUUCGAGCUGACACUUUCCUUGGCAUUGAGAACUUGGAGUAUCUCCAAGCUGACUAUAAUUUAAUCAAAUAUAUUGAACGGGGAGCCUUCAAUAAGCUUCAUAAGCUGAAAGUUCUCAUCCUUAAUGACAAUCUGAUUUCCUUCCUUCCUGAUAAUAUUUUCCGUUUUGCUUCUCUAACCCACCUGGAUAUACGUGGGAACAGAAUACAGAAGCUGCCCUACAUUGGAGUUCUGGAGCACAUUGGGCGCAUUGUGGAGCUGCAGCUGGAAGACAAUCCCUGGAAUUGCACUUGUGAUCUGUUGCCCUUAAAGGCGUGGUUAGAGAACAUGCCGUACAACAUCUACAUCGGAGAAGCCAUCUGCGAGACGCCGAGCGAUUUGUAUGGGAGGCUGUUGAAGGAGACCAACAAGCAAGAGCUGUGCUCCAUGGGGACGGGGAGCGAUUUUGACGUGCGCAUCCUGCCUCCGUCGCAACUGGAGCCCGGCUCCAGCACGCCCCAUGGCCACACAACACAAAUGUCGGUGCACAGAUUGGUAACAAAGCCCCCCAAAACAACGAAUCCAUCCAAGAUCUCUGGGAUAGUUGCAGGCAAAUCUCUCUCAAACCGCAACCUCAGCCAGAUCACAUCUUUUCAGACCAGAGUGCCACCUCUGACACCCUGCCCACAUCCCUGCGUUUGCAAAACUCAUCCUUCCGAUUUGGGAUUAAGCGUCAAUUGCCAAGAGAGAAAUAUCCAGUCGCUGUCCGAACUUGUCCCUAAGCCACUAAAUGCCAAGAAAUUGCAUGUAAAUGGCAAUUAUAUUAAGGACGUGGACACUUCUGACUUCACAGAGUUUGAAGGGCUGGAUUUGCUCCAUCUCGGCAGCAAUCUGAUUGUGGCCAUCAAAGGGGAGGUUUUUCGCAACCUUACCAAUUUACGGAGAUUGUAUCUCAACGGCAAUCAGAUGGAGCGGCUGAGCCCCGAGAUGUUUGCCGGGCUCCACAACCUUCAGUACCUGUAUUUGGAAUACAAUGUCAUCCGAGAAAUUUUAGCGGGCACGUUUGACUUGAUGCCAAACUUGCAGCUGCUCUACUUGAACAACAACCUGCUGCGAAGUCUUCCAGCCUACAUUUUCGCUGGUGCGCCACUGGCUCGCCUGAACCUGAGAAACAACCAUUUCAUGUACCUGCCUGUAAGUGGCGUGCUUGAUCACUUGAAGUCCCUGACACAGAUAGAUCUGGAAGGGAAUCCAUGGGACUGCACUUGCGAUUUGGUUGCUCUGAAGCUGUGGCUGGAAAAGCUAAGCGAAGGCAUUGUCGUGAAGGAAUUAAAAUGUGAGACGCCUGUGCAGUUUGCGAACAUUGAGCUGAAGUCCCUGAAAAACGAGAUCCUCUGCCCCAAGCUUUUGAAGUCUGCAUUUUUCACCAGCCCUGCUCCCGUGGUUAUACUGACAACCCCCUUGGGCCCCAUCCGGAGCCCCCCAGGUGGUCCAGUUCCAUUGUCUAUCCUCAUCCUAAGCAUCUUGGUCGUGCUCAUUUUAACUGUCUUUGUGGCUUUCUGCCUCCUUGUCUUCGUUCUCCGGCGCAACAAGAAACCAUCUGUGAAACACGAAGGGCUUGGGAAUCCAGAGUGCAGUUCCAUGCAGCUGCAGCUACGGAAGCACGAUCACAUGUCAAACAAAAAGGACGCCCUGGGGGCAGAGGCCUUCAUUCCUCAAACAAUCGAGCACAUGAGCAAAAGCCACUCAUGCGGCUUAAAGGAAACGGAAACAGGUUUCACAUUUGCCGAGCCGCCGGGGCAGAAAGUUAUCCUGAGAAAUAACAGCGAGAAGGAUAAAGAUUUAUUGCACAUGGAUACCAGGAAAAGACUUAGCACAAUUGAUGAACUAGAUGAAUUAUUCCCAGGACGGGAUUCUAAUGUAUUUAUUCAGAAUUUUCUUGAAAGUAAAAAGGAAUACAACAGUAUAGGGGUCAGUGGCUUUGAAAUACGGUAUCCAGAGAAACAGCAAGACAGAAAGAAUAAGAAAUCUUUAAUAGGGGGCAAUCAUAGUAAAAUAGUAGUGGAGCAAAGAAAGAGUGAAUAUUUUGAACUGAAAGCUAAACUUCAGGGCUCACCAGACUACUUACAAGUCCUUGAAGAGCAAACGGCUUUGAAUAAAAUCUAG